AGGGGCGGGGACAUGGGCGGGUUCUUGUGUUGUCUCUGAUCGGUUGAAGAUUUGAAAUACAAAAAACAACUCUUGCUGUUCAGGGGUGGAUCAGUUAUACGCUUUCAUAGGCUUAUCAACAUUUGCAGCUGUGCAAAUUAACACUCCACCAUGGUCUGCUGCUGAAACUGAGAAACACUAAGAGCAGGUAAAGACUCUCACAACACCCUAGCGUUCUGCUCAACAAAGAAGCGAAGGAAGUCAGGAGCAACAAAGACAAACACCUCAAGAGAAGACAAAGAGAAGUUUUGUAAUGUUCAAGACGAUCAGCCGUCUGAUUUUUGGGGGCGAAGAUGAGACCCCUGAAGAUGUCAAGUCUGUAGAAGCUGUGGAAGAAGGGUGGCUUGUUGUCGGUCAUCAAGAGGCGGGUUCAGCAGAGAACCAGGGUGCAGAGCUGAUUGACACCCAACCAUCAAACUCUUCUCUUCAUGGGGACACAGUUGCAAACAUGGAAACUGACAUAAGUGUGUUAGAGCCAGAGCCCGCAGUUCAGAGCAGCAGCACCAGCACCACCAGUCGAGCCAUCACAGGCUCCUUUUCUCAGCCGAAAGCUUCAGCGGAAGUGACACAGUUAACCUGCAUCCAGAAGGCUAAGGCCUGGACGGACCGACACCACACGUCUCGCAAUGCGAUUGAACGCCAGAACCGCGUUCGCCAAGGAGUCCAACAUCAUUCCUUCCACCUCCAACAGCCAGGACAUCGCAACCUCAGCCACUGAGGCUCUGGCUGUUCAACUGCGAAUGUUAACCAGGAAAUAAUCUUACAUGCAUCACACUUAUUAAACACAUACUCUAAUACGCACAUAUACACACAUUUUUGUCUCGUGGAGAUUUAAGCUAUACAUCUAAUUUUGGUGUAACCAAUUAUAACACUUGACAGCUGUUACCUGGCAAUAGGCAGCUACACUGUAACUCGUACUGUAUAUGAGUUUGGUAUGAAGAUGUUCACCUCAUGUUCACCAUGUUUUCUUGUUUGUGUGUGCAUGUGGUGCAGCCUGUGCAAAAUGUAUCCUCUAACACUUUGGACAAAGUGAUGUAAUUUGUGUAUCGACAUGCAUUUACCUCUAUGUACUCGGUUUAAAACCUUUUUUAAUGGCAAUAAAAAAAUAUUGCAA